AGGGGCAGACAUGUUUCUCCAGUAUUACCUCAACGAGCAGGGCGAUCGCGUCUAUACUCUAAAGAAAUUCGACCCCAUGGGGCAACAGACUUGCUCUGCCCAUUCUGCUCGGUUCUCCACAGAUGACAAAUACUCAAAACACCGAAUCACCAUCAAGAAAAGCUUCAAGGUGCUCAUGACCCAGCAACCGAGGGCUUGUUAA